AUGCAUUCAAUCAACGUCAGCUUCGUUUCAACCCUUGUCGCCGCUCUCGCAGCCACUGUGACCGCAGAAAAUGAUGCUUCGCAGUUUGACGCGAAACAUUUCAAUUCUGGUGAUAUAAUCCAGCGAGAUGUGGCCAUCAUUGGUGGCGGAGCUGCGGGCACCUAUUCGGCCAUUAGCCUCAAGGACAAAGGCAAAUCAGUCAUUGUCAUUGAAAAAAAGGACAGAUUGGGAGGUCACACCGAAACAUACAUUGAUCCCGCCACUGGCACUCCUAUGGACCUCGGAGUCAUGAUCUGGCACAACAUCUCAGUGGUCAACGACUACUUUGGGCGUUUCGGGAUUCCCCUCGCCAAGGCUGGGGCCUUUUUUACAUCGUCGGAAUUUUUCGACUUUCGAACCGGCAAAGAAAUCAAAAGGUCAUGGACUCCGACCGACGCACAGGUCUUGGCCGCAUUUGCUGCAUAUUCGGAGCAGCGUGACAAGUAUCCCAAACUCAUCAAUGGAACAUUCUUGCCCAGUCCAGUACCAGAGGAUCUUUACAUGCCGUUUGGAGACUUUGUGAAAAAGUACAAAGUCGAGGCAGCCGUCACAAACAUGUUCAACUAUAACCCGGGCGUGGGAAACAUUUUGAAGAAUCCAACCGUCGAGCAGUAUCGCUACUGGGGGUAUAACAUGGUGCAUUCGCGUCUCACCGGCUUUCUGACAACGGCCCGUCACAACAGCAGCGAGCUGUAUACCAAAGCUGGGGAUGAGUUGACCGCGUCCUCGAGUCUCUUGUUGAAUUCGCAGGUAUCCGCAGCGCUUCGAGGAGAAGGGAAGACGGGUGUGCUGCUCGUGGUCUCGACGCCCUCGGGCAAGAAGCUCGUCGUGGCAAAGAAGCUGCUGGUCGCCAUACCCCCGAAACUAGACUUUAUGGGCCCGCUGGAUCUUGAUCACAGAGAAAGAAAUUUGUUUGGCAAGUUCAUCAGCACUGGAUACUAUGUUGGCAUCGUCAAGAACGCUGGAUUCUACAGCAAUGCUAGCAUCACAAAUGCGAUACAGGAUGCCGAAUACAACUUGCCCCAGCUCCCCGCGGCGUACAGCUUCGCCCCUGCGCCGCUUCCUGGACAUCAAAUGGUUACUUACGCCACGCCGCAAGGUCACAAAUCUCUCCCAAUGUCUGACGACAAGGUCAAGGCGGACAUUAUCAGCACGAUCAAGAGACUGCAGCGUCAGAACCCCGGCAAAUUCAAGCCCCAAGGAGAGCCCGAAUUUGUUGAUUUUAGAUCCCAUGCUCCAUAUGUUCUUCAGGUCAGCUCCAGGGACAUCAAGGACGAGUUUUACAAGAAGCUCUACGCGCUGCAGGGACUCAGGAACACGUACUGGACAGGAGCAGCAUGGAAGGCGCAAGAUAGCAGUUUGCUUUGGAAAUUCUCUGAGGAAAUUGUGCUGCCACCAUUGAUUGCUGGUUUGUAA